AUGGUGACAGUAGUGAUACCUACUAGUGAAAGAAAAACAGAAGAUGAUAUUAAUAAUUUGCUGUUGAAGACAGCUGGUUUCUUUUAUUGUUUGACAACCACAAUAGUUACUCUCUACACGCUGUCUGCAGUUUUUCAUGUUGCUGGUACUGCGGCAAGUUUAAGCAGUAUCGAGGGGAACGAAUCGAUAUCUUUGUUAUUGAAAAUGGAUUUGCCUUUCGAAACCAACACGUCACCAAGUUACGAGCUCCUGGUAAUUGCACAAUUUCUUCAUCAAACGACAGGGGCUUUUUCGUUUGGUGUUUUUAGUGCCCUCGUCUUAAUAGUGGUACUUCAUGCCGGUUACCAAAUCGACAUCAUGUGUCAGACGAUAAUGGAUGUUUCUCUCCAAGAUAAAGAACAAUUAAAGCUUUUUAUUAUCCGUCAUCAGGAUGUCAUCGUAUUUGUGGAAAAAAUAGGAAAAUACUUUACUUUCAUAGCACUCAGCCAACUUGCUGUUUGGGCUUUCUUAUCGUAA